GUCUUGAAAGGCCCUUAUUUCACAGUCCUAGACAGACAGACACAUAUUCUCUCUCACUACACAACCGAGGAGGGAAACAAAUUACUAUACAAUGUCAAUUCACCCCCCCUAGUUUUCACUGUAUCACACAGCACAUAAAAGGUUAAAAACACAAGCUCCUCACCAACAUUUUUAUCCAUACCCUUGCCCAAGUUUUCACAUUACCACACCCACUCUCCUCCUUAGUCUCUAUCCAUCAGAGCCAAAACCCUCACUGUUUUUCUCUUACACAUCUCUCUCUUUGUCUCUGAAAAAUACAAGUUGCUUUUGAUCUCCAAUGGCUCUUAUGUUGGAUAAUUGUGAAGGGAUAUUACUCUCAUUGGACUCCCACAAGUCAGUCCCAGCUCCCUUCCUUACCAAAACCUAUCAACUGGUAGAUGAUCCAGCCACUGACCAUAUAGUUUCUUGGGGUGAAGAUGACACUACUUUCGUUGUGUGGAGACCACCUGAGUUUGCUCGUGAUCUCCUUCCUAACUAUUUCAAGCACAACAACUUCUCUAGCUUUGUCAGGCAACUCAAUACAUAUGGUUUUAGGAAGAUUGUACCUGACCGAUGGGAGUUUGCUAAUGAGUUUUUCAAGAAGGGAGAGAAGCAUUUGCUUUGUGAAAUUCAUAGAAGGAAAACGGCUCAGCCACAAGUAGCUAUCAAUCAGCACCACCAUCAUCAGCACCACCCACAUUCUCCCUUUGGUGUUAACGGACCCAGUUUCUUUCCCUUUUCAAGCAGAACCAGCAUCUCUCCGUCUGAUUCAGAUGAGCAAGCCAACAACAACUGGUGUGAUUCGCCUCCUCUCACUUCACCACCAAGAGGGGUUGCUAGCGCCACAGUUAUUGGUGGUGGAGGUGGAUAUAAUAGCUCAGUUUUUGCCUUAUCUGAAGAUAAUGAGAGACUGAGGAGAAGCAACAAUAUGCUAAUGUCUGAGCUUGCACACAUGAAAAAGCUUUACAAUGAUAUUAUUUACUUUGUCCAAAAUCAUGUCAAGCCUGUUGCUCCCAGCAAUUCCUACUCUUCUUCUUUGCUUCUUUGUGGCCCGGCACCAUAUGCUACUGCUAAUCCUGUUACUUCUAAUGGUUCUUUGGCACAAAAGCCUUUAAACCAGCUUCUUGGGUAUUAUCCUACUACUGCUCCAAACAACCCUAAGCAAGCUCCUCAAGUUCAUGUUUUGAACUCUCCAACAACUACUUCGCAGAGCUCUUUGACCUUUCUUGAAGAAGCCAACAACAAUGGUUGCAAGACAAAGUUGUUUGGUGUCCCUUUACAAUCCAAGAAAAGAUUGCACCCAGAGUAUGGCUCUAAUCCAGGAAAUAUGGAGACUAACAAGGCUCGUUUGGUGUUGGACAAGGAUGAUUUAGGAUUAAAUCUCAUGCCUCCUUCAAGAUGUUAGUAUCUUCAAAUCCAUUCAAAGAUCUGAGUUUUUUUGGUUUUUAUAAUUGAUAUCUUUACUUAGAUUUUCUUGUUUGAUUGUCAUGUUCUUUUUAUAGUCCUAAGAGAUUCUGAGAUGAUAUAGCUAGCUAGUAGCUAGUGUUGAUGAUGAAACAUGUGUGUGCGUGCGUGUGGGUUUUUGUGACCUUGUAUAUAACUUUAGUGCCUGGUAUUAUCUUUGUUCCCCCACAGCCAUGAAUGCAGGUGGGUUUUGGUUAGAGUGAAGAUCAAAUCAAAUCAAGUUUAAAAAAUCACAACUCCAUCGUUUCUAAGGAGAUGUCUUUUCAUUUU